AUUGAAUCCGUAUUUCGACACGUAGACUCUACCAAGCAAGAUACUUUGAUAGUUCAUUUCAAAAAGUUGUGGAACGAGGAGUAUGAGAGGUACACUUAUGAAGCCAUGUCGCCCCUGGACACUAGACAUCUCUGUUGUGACGAUGGAUUUUUGGUGAUUUUUUCCGGCGAAGAUCGCAUUAUCCAGGUAACCUUCCACUGAGGGAGUUGAAGGGCCAAAUUUAAAGAAAAAGCAGGAUAAUUUACGUGGCUAGUAUGUUAUGAAGUACAGAGAAAGUCCAAAAUCUAUCAAGCGGCCGCAACAGAGGAAGGGAUAAGUCGCAGCAUUUCAUACAGUUUCUAUUCACCAGGGCCGGGUUGUUCAAAGCAGGGUUAAGAUAACCCAGGGUUAGUACGAAUUUUAAAGUCAGAUAUAAAAGCUUAAAAAGCAAAUUCAGUUUAAUUCUUUUGGUCUGCAAUUAGGUGAUGGGAUGCUCCAAAAAAAAUGGGGAAAUUAUCCGAGAAAAUGCUUUUAAACAAAAGAAAAAGAAUCCCGGUUUAAAAUUUAACCCCGGGUUAGUGCUAAUCGACCCUCGAACAACUGGGCCUAGUAAUUUACAAACCAUUUUUUUCGUCCGGCAACUAUGGUAACUGGCCGCUACAUAAAGGAUGGCCGCUUAAUAGGAGACACCUUAGUAGAGGCUCGAAUGUAGUCCGCCACAAAUGCCAGCGGACGAACUCUUAAAUAUUUCCAUACUCAAUCGACAGUCUACCCAAUAUAAUCAUGCCUAGUUUCGAACCACCUAGAAGGGUCAGCUUUUUCUACUGCAGUAUUACGGCAAAUGCACUAGAAAAAGGCCAUGUGAGUCACGUCGUGUAUACAAAUCUGGUACGUACGAGGAAUACCCCUGUACGGGGGACCUCCGCCUACACUUCAGCUUCAAAAUUUAAAUUUUCACGCAAAACAGCUCGAAAGCCAUUUCCAUUUUCGUCGUUAAUUCAGGUAUGAAAUAUUGAAAGAAGGAUCACUUUCCAGGGAGCUCUUUCAACGCACAUAAUGCACAGUGCCUUAAUAUUUCGCCUUCACAAGCGGUCACAAAGUAACUCUCAGACACGAUACUCAGAAAGAAAAUAAAAAGCGACUGAUAUGGAUAAUUGGGCCCGUAGUCGGAUUUAUGAAGUCAAAGUAAAAUAUGUUCUCACUAAAACGUGCGACUUUAAUUGUCCCUGUUACACCGUAUUGUUAAGAUAACUAAAACAAUAUUUCUUUGUUGUUUUGAAGCUCCGAGGAAAAAACACUCCGAUCAGUACCAAUGUCCCGUUCAAUAAUUGGAUGAGCAAGAAAAAGGUACAUCUUUAAGAAAAGUUUAUCUCCUUCUUCUUGUUUUCAAUAAAUUAAAAACUGGUCAUCAUCUCCGUCUUUGAUACAGGCAGAAUACCCCAAAGCUAGACUUGAGGUGUUUGGUAAGUCAUAAUUUAUGCUUUAGUUAGUCUUAAAUUCAUUCAAACAUUUCACUAUGACGUUGAGAGAUACAGACCGCACAAGGAAACAGUUUAAGCAAAGAAUACUACUAAUAGAUAGGGAGGAGAAGAAGAAGAAGAAGAAGAAGACCUUUAUAAAGGUUAUCAAGACUUAAUCAAUUUACCGUUUUGAGUAUUCAAAUUCCUUUCUUUUAGACAGCUUGGAGGAGCUUGAGAACGAUCAAAUCUAUGAG